AUGGGGAGCUUGGCUAAGCCAGACACCAAGUCUACACAUCUCGUCCCCAUCAUCGACAUAUCACCGUUUCUCGGCGACCCAAAGUCUGCAGAGGCUGGGGCAGUGAUCGAAGCCGUCCGGCAAGCCUGCACAACGAGCGGGUUCUUCGCCAUCACCGGCCAUGGACUGUCUGAAUCCUUGCAGCAAAACCUGCUGGCAGCAUCACAGAGAUUCUUCUCCUUGGACUUGGCGGAGAAGAAGAAACUAGACGCCGCACAAACUGUCGGCCGGCGAGGCUACGAUGUGCUCGCCACUCAAUCAUACCAUGCCAACGUCCGGCCCGAUCUCAAAGAGGGCUUCUACAUCGGUCACGACCUGCCGGCAGAAGACCCUCAGGUACAGGCAGGACGGUUCUUCAUGGGCCCGAACGUAUGGCCGGACGGGUCGGUGCUUCCUGCCGAUCAGUUCAGGGCGCCCGUCGAAGCGUACUUCAACGCAGUACACGCGCUGAGCUUGAAGGUUCUGAAGCUGGUGGCGUGCACGCUGCCUCAUGGUGCCGGAGUCUUUGACGAGUUCACCGCCGGCGACCACACAGUGACCGUAUUGCGGCUUUUGCACUACCCGCCAGCACUGCCAGGGGUCGCAAGCCGAAGCCAACAACGGCCGCAGCAGCAACAGUUAGGUGCGGGAGCACACACUGACUUUGGCGCGAUCACGUUGCUGCUCCAGGACGAUCAUGCAGGACUGGAGGUACUGGACCCGAAAACUGAUGCAUUCGUGCCGGUGGAUCCAAUCCCAAGUGCGCUCGUGUUCAAUGUGGGCGACAUGCUCUCUGUCUGGACGGACGGACAGUACAAGAGCAGUGUGCAUCGAGUGAUCAACAAGGCACCGACCGAUCGCUAUUCGGCAGCCUUUUUCUACGAUGGCGCUCUAAAUUGUCCGUUGACACCGCUGCAUCAGGGUGGAAAGGUUGACGAGGGCCAGGAUGUGCUGACGGUGGAAAAGCAUCUGUUGAGACGGAUCACGGAGAGUUAUGGGCAGACUGGCAAGAAGUGA